AAAAUAGACGUGCAAGUCUACCUAAUGUUAGCUUGCUACAAAACCUAUUUCUGCAAUGAUCUGACACUAGCUGGAACAGUUCCUUCUGCCUUCUGACUGAUGCUCUGACGCUCUGAUGAAUUCACCGUCACAGCUGAGACCUGCAAACUUCUAAAGCAUCAAGGCAAAGAUGAUGUCAUCAAUCUGAAGGUUCCAUUUGCUGAUGUCAGCGAAUGCAUCAGCUGACAGGAAGUGUUAUGUGGAUGACAAAGUGUCCAAAGUGGCCUGGCUCAAUCGAUCCAACAUCAUCUAUGCCGGCCAGGACAAGUGGUCUCUGGACCCCAGAGUAGAUCUGGUGACUAAAGGACAGCUCGAGUACAGCCUGCGCAUACAGAAGGUGGAUGUUUAUGAUGAAGGGUCGUACACCUGCUCCAUACAGACGAAGCAGCAGCCCAAGACCUCACAGGUCUACCUCAUUGUACAAGUGCAGAAAGACCAUCUUCCAUCAGCUGCAGUGUUAACUAACACCCAAAAUCACCAUGCUACUUGAAAUGAAGCAUCUGAGUCUGAUGGACGGAGACAGGCUGAAAGUGAAGGGGAUCAUUCAGCAUGAUGCCGAGAGUUUCAAGAUCGAGCUGGGCUGUGGUACGGACGACAUCGCGCUGCACUUUAAUCCCCGUUAUGAUGACGACGCUGAUGGUUCCGUUAUUGUUUGCAACUCAAAGACUGGUGGGUCUUGGGGCGAUGAGGUCCGGGACACACACAACCCUCUACACCGGGGAAGAGUGAUCAAGCUGGAGUUGACGCUGGCUGGAGAC